AUGAAGCUGACAUGUCUGAGCAAAGGAGACGGCUUUCAGUAUCCGCCUUGUCAUAUGCUGAAUCUAAGUGGUUUCAGGAUCUUGAUUGACUGCCCUCUAGACCUUUUGGCGAUCACAAUCUUCUCUCCUGUUCCAUCUGAUGUCGGUUCUGAAGCUUCUGAAUUUCCAUCUGAUGUGCCUCAGAAUCCAAUUCAAAAGAGGCAAAAACUGGCGAGACAGAUGACUCCUGAUGAUUUGGUGUGCGCAGAACCGUGGUACAAAACUGUCAAGGCCUUGCAUUUGUGGGAGGUUUCUUUGAUCGAUGUUGUUCUCAUCUCCAGCCCUAUGGGAUUGCUCGGAUUACCAUUCCUCACCCAAAGCCCCAGAUUUUGUGCCAAGGUAUAUAUGACUGAAGCAACAGCAAAGAUUGGACAGUUCAUGAUGGAGGAACUUGUCUCGAUGCACAUGGAAUUCAGACGCUUCCAUGGCCCUGAGGACUCCCGUUUUCCGGGGUGGACAAGGAAUUUAGAUGGUGAACAAGUACCAGCCUUGCUUAAGAACGUUGUCUUCGGCGAGAGUGGUGAUGAUCUGGGCAGUUGGAUGCGUCUGUACAGUUUAGAUGACAUAAAGAGUUGCAUGAAGAAGGUUCAAGCCGUAAAGUUUGCAGAAGAAGUGUGUUAUAAUGGGACGUUGAUCAUUAAGGCCCUAAGUUCAGGUCUAGAUAUUGGGGCUUGCAAUUGGCUGAUCAAUGGACCUAAUGGAAGUCUAAGUUAUGUGUCUGGCUCCGUCUUCGUUUCACAUCAUGUGAAAAAUUUCGAUUUUCAUGGUCUCAAAGGAACCGAUGUGAUGAUUUACUCUGAUUUCGCAUGCCUCCAAAUCGCAGAAACGAUUCCUGUCCAGGAUAAUAGCUAUAUAUCAAGAAUCAGUGACGAGAAUGACGAAAACUUGGCUGCUUCAUUACUAAACAAUGAAGAAAGCUUAGAAGAGGUGGAGAAACUAGCUUUUGUUUGCUCGUGUGCCACAGAAUCUGCUGAUGCUGGUGGCUCAACCUUGAUAACGAUUAGCCGAAUUGGGGUAGUUCUGCAGCUCUUAGAGCUAAUGUCAAAUUCUCUUGAAUCCUCGUCUCUCAAGGUUCCAAUCUUUGUAAUAUCUUCUGUGGCAGAAGAGCUAUUGGCUUACACAAACACCAUACCAGAGUGGCUGUGCGAGAAACGACAGGAGAAGUUGAUUUCAGGAGAACCAUCAUUUGACCAUCAUAAAUUCAUUAAAGACAAGAAGAUCCAUCUGUUUCCUGCCAUCCACUCACCCAACUUAAUAUCGAAUUGGCAGGAACCAUGCAUCGUGUUUGCUCCGCACUGGAGUUUGCGACUUGGCCCUUCUGUCCAACUUCUUCAGCGUUGGCGUGGAGAUCCAAAAUCCUUACUUGUUCUUGAGGACGGGAUAAGUUCAGGUUUAGGACUUCUCCCCUUUAGACCGAUCGCCAUGAAAAUUCUCCAAUGUUCAUUUCUUUCUGGAAUAAGGUUGCAGAAGCUCCCAACACUGGUUUCCGUUUUGCAGCCAAAGAUUGUUUUGGUCCCUGAUGUUGUCAACCAGAGGAUCAGUCUUGCGGCGACGAAGACAACAUCUAUCCUGAAUUACUCUGAGAACAAGACGCUACGUGUGCCAAGAAUUGCGAACUAUGCAGACGUGGAGAUAAUGGCAGAGUUGGCCACCAAAUUGAGCUGGAGAAAACUGAGACAAGGGGAAAACUUUGGAAUUGCAAGAUUGAAAGGUGAGCUUCUGAUGGAAGAUGGGAAACAAAGAAUAGUUUCCGGGUUGGAGCAGGAAGAAAGUUCAGGGAAGAAGAAGGCUCGGCCAUUGAGGCAUUGGGGCUCAGUGGCUCCGGAAACACUUUUAGAGGCGUUAAUGAAAAUGGGUACAACCGGAUCAAUAGAUGGCAGCAAAGGUGAGAAUGGAUCAGAAGACAAGAGUGUAAUCCAUAUAACAAAUCCUAGCAAUGGCCUGAUAGAGACCUCAGAGAUGGGUACUGCUAUAAUUACAGACGAUGAGCAAGUAGCCUCUCAGAUUUUGCAGGCGAUUGAUGGAAUUCUUGAGGGAAUUUAG